UUUUAUGGAGAGCAGCUUCUGGGUUCGGCUCUCAGAGAAGGAAGUUCCAGGAGAGCAGAACUGGGGGCAUAGGAAGAGACAAGAGUACCUGAAGCUGCUUACAAGUGUGGGCAAAAUGAAGGUGACACUGGUGCAUCUGUUGUUCAUGAUGUUACUGCUGUUGCUAGGACUGGGGGUGGGGCUGGGGCUGGGCCUUCACAUGGCUGCUGCCAUCCUGGAGAAUCAGCCACUGGAUGAGUUUUGGCCCAGUGACUCCCAGGACACAGCUGAGGCCACUGAAGAGGGACAGGGCACCAGGACCACAGAAGCCCUGGUACUUGACAACAAAGAAAUGGCAGUACCUGUCUGGUCAGAAGAUACUGUCCUCAGUGAAGAUGAAGUGGGGGGAAGCAGGAUGCUGAGAGCCAAGACCCUCCUUCAGAGCAAGCAAGGCUACCUUAAGUUUGACUUGAACAUCCGGGACUGUAACGUCAUGAUGGCCCACAAGAUAAAGGAGCACAAUCAGAGCUGCAUAAACGAUUAUACAUUCAUCCAUGAGGAUCCAAGCACAGUCGGAGCCGUCUGUAACAGUCCCCUGGUUGACUGUGAUCUCAAGGGAGGCAAAUGUCACAAAAGCCCCCGGCCUUUUGACCUGACAUUGUGCAAGUUGGCCAAACCAGGCCAAGUCACUCCCAACUGCCACUAUCUGACUUACAUAACUGAAAAGGUCAUUAUCAUAACAUGCAACAACACGAAACAACUGGAGAUUAAAUGAGGCAGCGCGUGCCUUUCCCUCCUCUCCGUCUCGUUGCCUCUGUUUUUUGCGUUUCUGCUUGCUGAUGCUUCUGUCCCCUCCUUGGGUUCCCUAACUAGAAGGAAGAUCCUGGGAAGAGACGAUGGAACAUUGCUGAUCUUUGUCUUCUGAGAAUAUAAUUAUUCUUUGUGUUGGGAGGGUCAUCCAACUUGCAUUUUGUCCUGGGGGUCAGAAAUGGCAAAAUAAUAAUGUGUAGUUUCUCCUAGAUGUCUCUCACCUUCAAUCCCUGCCCUGCAAAGGCCUAGCUCUAGACCCUACCUUAGCCAUGGUCAUCAGCCUGAUUCCUGAACUGAGUACACCUUGGGUGUGGACUAGAGGAAUUUAAUGCCUCCUUUACCCACCUGCUUCCCUGCUACCUACCUUAGGCCUCUGCGUGCUACCUACAUGUGCUAAUCCCAGACUCCUGGGCCCUGCACAACACAGCAUGCUUCUCUGCAGCAGAUGCAACACAAGGGAUUCUACCUAGGACUGUGUCUGGAAAGCCACGUGGUUAGGCUUCUUUUCCAGAGCCUGCUGUAAGGUGGUAUAGGGCAUAGGCCAGAAGAUCAA